UCCUCUGUCUCUCUCCUCUGUCUCUCUCCUUUGCGUGCGAUUUCUGCCUCUGUUUGGCAGUUGUGGCAAUUUUUUGGGUUGUCGAGCUAAGGAACAUUGGCGAACGAAGGAUGAAGGCGAACAGAGCUCUUCAAGUGCUCUGCUUUUCCGUCUCUACUUCAGGCAACGGGACAUCAUGACCAUCCCUACACACGGCCGAAGAGGCCACAGACGUCGGGACCAUCUCUACUCUGCUCACGGUGGUGGACUAGCUAUGAUUGACCAUCUCUUCUCUCGGCCAGAGUUUCAAUUUGGAAGUAAGGUUCAACAAUGGAAUAAACAUGAGGUUAUAGCUGCAUUGAACAAAGUUUUCACCAAGAAGCAGAAAGCUAUAUUUAGAAGAACUACUUUUGGAUGCCAAAAGAACUUGAUGCUCUAUUGCUUCGCCAAGACAUUGCUUGUUAGUUUGUAUUUUCAUUGGAAGAAGAAACAAGAAGAUGGAUAUUUGACUAACGAUGAGUUCAACGAUAAGCUUUUGGAGAAAAGGUAGAAGAUGAGGAAGAUUGUUGCAUAGGUUAUUUAGGAAGCUUUUGGAAGUGAUAUUUGACUUUUUUUUUAUUUUGUUUAUGUUCUAGACCAGUUUAGCUUUUGUAAAGGAUAUUUGACUUUUGGAAAUGAUGACCAAUAGUUAGUUGCAUACUUAUCUAUUUUAAACUGCUACUGUUGUAAGACAUUUGUUACUUAAGACUAUUUUAUAUAUCAAUUGAUCUUUUUUAUAUUCUCCAUCUAUUUUAUAUAUGU